ACGCGCGGGGCAGCCCUACCUCCCGCUCGCGCUCCUCCCGCCCUGGAGACUCCGGCGCAGGGGGCGGUGAGCCUGCUGCCUCGGUUACUGGGGAGCAACACAGCCGCCUCGGGUUGCCGGCGCUCCUGUCCGGGUCGCAGUGGGACGCCAUGGAGCGCUCCCUGCACCGCGUCUCCCUCGGGAGCCGGCGUGCCCACCCGGACUUGUCCUUCUACCUCACCACCUUUGGUCAGCUGAGGCUGUCCAUUGAUGCCCAGGACCGAGUUCUGCUGCUUCACAUUAUAGAAGGUAAAGGCCUGAUCAGCAAACAGCCUGGCACCUGUGAUCCGUAUGUGAAGAUUUCUUUGAUCCCUGAAGAUAAUAGACUACGCCACCAGAAGACGCAGACCGUUCCAGACUGCAGAGACCCGGCUUUCCACGAGCACUUCUUCUUUCCUGUCCAAGAGGAGGAUGAUCAGAAGCGUCUCUUGGUUACUGUGUGGAACAGGGCCAGCCAGUCCAGACAGAGUGGACUCAUUGGCUGCAUGAGCUUUGGGGUGAAGUCUCUCCUGACUCCAGACAAGGAGAUCAGUGGUUGGUACUACCUCCUAGGGGAGCACCUGGGCCGGACCAAGCACUUGAAGGUGGCCAGGCGACGACUGCGGCCGCUGAGAGACCCGCUGCUGAGAAUGCCAGGAGGUGGGGACACUGAGAAUGGGAAGAAACUAAAGAUCACCAUCCCGAGGGGAAAGGACGGCUUUGGCUUCACCAUCUGCUGCGACUCUCCAGUCCGAGUCCAGGCCGUGGAUUCCGGGGGUCCGGCGGAACGGGCAGGGCUGCAGCAGCUGGACACGGUGCUGCAGCUGAACGAGAGGCCUGUGGAGCACUGGAAAUGUGUGGAGCUGGCCCACGAGAUCCGGAGCUGCCCCAGUGAGAUCAUCCUACUCGUGUGGCGCAUGGUCCCCCAGGUCAAGCCAGGACCGGAUGGUGGGGUCCUGCGGCGGGCCUCCUGCAAGUCGACACAUGACCUCCAGUCACCCCCCAACAAACGGGAGAAGAACUGCACCCAUGGGGUCCAGGCACGGCCCGAGCAGCGCCACAGCUGCCACCUGGUAUGUGACAGCUCUGAUGGGCUGCUGCUCGGCGGCUGGGAGCGCUACACCGAGGUGGCCAAGCGUGGGGGCCAGCACACCCUGCCUGCACUGUCCCGUGCCACUGCCCCCACCGACCCCAACUACAUCAUCCUGGCCCCGCUGAAUCCUGGGAGCCAGCUGCUCCGGCCUGUGUACCAGGAGGAUACCAUCCCCGAAGAAUCAGGGAGUCCCAGUAAAGGGAAGUCCUACACAGGCCUGGGGAAGAAGUCCCGGCUGAUGAAGACAGUGCAGACCAUGAAGGGCCACGGGAACUACCAAAACUGCCCGGUUGUGAGGCCGCAUGCCACGCACUCAAGCUACGGCACCUACGUCACCCUGGCCCCCAAAGUCCUGGUGUUCCCUGUCUUUGUUCAGCCUCUAGAUCUCUGUAACCCUGCCCGGACCCUCCUGCUGUCAGAGGAGCUGCUGCUGUACGAAGGGAGGAACAAGGCUGCCGAGGUGACACUGUUUGCCUAUUCGGACCUGCUGCUCUUCACCAAGGAGGAUGAGCCUGGCCGCUGCGACGUCCUGAGGAACCCUCUCUACCUCCAGAGUGUGAAGCUGCAGGAAGGUUCUUCAGAAGACCUGAAAUUCUGCGUGCUCUAUCUAGCAGAGAAGGCAGAGUGCUUAUUCACUUUGGAAGCGCACUCGCAGGAGCAGAAGAAGAGAGUGUGCUGGUGCCUGUCAGAGAACAUCGCCAAGCAGCAACAGCUGGCCGCGUCGCCCCCGGACAGCAAGAAACUCCACCCUUUCGGCUCUCUCCAGCAGGAGAUGGGGCCGGUCAACUCAACCAAUGCCACCCAGGAUAGAAGCUUUACCUCACCAGGACAGACUCUGAUUGGCUGAGCAAACCCAAGGGCAGGACUCUGCUUCUGGCAACUUAACCCUUUCUUGGGCAUCCCCUACCACACAGUAACCUCACCUCAACUGGACCUGAAACAGAGGACCAAGAUGGUGGGUCUAGGGUCAUCUGAAGGGAGUGGUCCCAAGGGUGCAUGUGGAUGUCAACAGAAGGACCACAGUGGUGUGUGAGAGGCCUUGUGGGCAUGCGGAGACUGGCAGCAGAAAGCCCCAAGAGGAGAGGACUCAGAGGCUUCUUCCUUCCCAGGAGGAGGAGGAGGAGGAGGAGGACAUUCCACAUCUGGGCUUCCAGUGGUGGCUCCCGGACCUGCCUUGGGGGCAGCAGGAGAGGUUGGGAGAGGUCACCCUGAUGAAGAACAUUGCCAUGAUCUGCCGCUGCCAGAGGACAUCUCCGCCCAUCCACUCAUUUUCCACCUGUACACAUUAGCUCAUUCAUUCGAUGGAUAUUUUGGGUGCAUCUACUUUAUGCCAGGCUCUGUGCUAGGAGCUGGGGAUACUGUGGAGAAAAAGUCAGAUAUGGUCUCGCUCUCAUCAAGAUUUCAGUCUAGCUGGGAGUGAGCGUUAAAUAAGUCAACACCAACACACACACAUGCACACACGUGAUGGCAAGCUGUGAUCAUCUAUGAAAGAAAAAACACAGAUUUCUUUAAGAGGGAAUUGUACUUAGAGUGCUGUGUGUGGGGGUGGGGAUGGGGAAGGACAUAACUUUUAAACCGAGACUUGUGGGCUGGAGAGGAAGGAGCCAGUCCCGGACUUGGGGAAGAGUGUUCCCGGUGGAUGGAAUAGCACGUGAAGAGUCCCGGAGAUGGGAAGGAGCUCAGCGGGCUGGAGGAAUGGGGAGCAGGCCAGUGUGGCUGGAGCUUAGUGAGGGGCAAGACACAGUGGGUGAGGGCCAGACUGUGCAGGGUUUGGUGGUUGAUGUCUUGUUGAUUUCAUUCUAGAUACACUGGGGAGCCAUCGAAGGCUUUUGAGGAAGGGAGUUGCAGGCAUGUUUUUACAAGAUCUGUUUACACAUAGGAGGGGCCCAAGUGGGUGUGAGAUCAGUUAGGGGGCUCGUUCAGUUCUCCAGGUGAGGACUGUCCUGGUGGCUUGUCCUGGAUGGUGGCUGGGGAGGUGGGUGCCUGAAUGCCAGGCUCUGGAGAAGAGAUGACUCCCUGCCCCAUCCCCCUGCCUACCCUCCUCCUCAGUGGCCCCUCUCUCAGUGGAUGUGAGUGAGGAUUAGGACCUUCCUCACAGAGCCACCUUUUGGCCAGGCCUCAGGGGGGAUGUUGGGGGCAGUGCUGAGUUCUAGGAGUGUUCCUGGAAGUUGGGAGCAGUGAGUGCUCAGCCUGGCCCAGGUGGGAGAGUUCACUGCUGCUCAGGCCUUAGCAGGGGCUGCUGUGCUGUCUUUCCGUCCCAUGCUGAGCAUUGUAAUAGGAAGCUGCCAUACAGUGCCCUGGAAACUGACUUGGCUUGCUUUCCAUGGGGCUUCCAAGGGCCAGGGACUGGGCUGGGGGUGGCCUAGCAGCUCUAGUGGAGACUGUGCUGCCACAGGGCUGAAGGAAGACCAACCAAGGGGACAGCGGUUUGAGCCCAGCCCACUCACUGCCUGCUGCACCUCCAGCUGGAGCCCAGGGUUGGGCAGCUCUCAUACUCUUAUCUAACUGCCAGACCUAGAGGGAGGGAAGCCCAAGGCUGCAGGUCUGAGGGACACGGCUCAUGAGCAAAAGGGUAUCAAGAGGAUUAGAGACACUUGCAGAGGAAAAGAGGGUCAGAGAGGCUGAGGGCUGGCUCAGGCCAGAGAGGCUCCCUGACCUUGGACAUUGUUUGUGUUGUGUAAGACCUCAGCAUCUUUAGAGAAAGGUUCUUGUGCCCCUGUGAGCUUGCUCAGCUGCUAUGGCCACUUGAACCCCAAAAAUAGUGGCCUACAAGAGAAUACACCCCUUACUUCCCACUUAUCCUCCUCUCAACCUAGGAAAGGUCAGACAUAUUGACUCAACAGUCUAACAGGGGAUGGGCUGGAUCUGCCUGUGACCAGACCAAUGCCCCCCACCCAGCCGGGGAGCAGACGCUGCCUGAACUGGGACCAGUGAUACACAGCAUCUCUGUCCACCAGGGCUCAGCCCGUGGCGGGGAUUUGUGAGAGGCUGAGUGGCUGGGUCUGCACAGACAGCAAGCUGCACUUUGAUUUCAUUUGAUUCCCUUACAAAAUGACAUUAAGGGGAAUGUGAGGCACAGGAGACUCGCCUGUCUGGGAAGGCAGCAAGCUCGUCUCUCCUGGACCUGGUGACCUACCUCUGUCUACCAGACAGUUGCAGAGGACAGGAGCUCUGGCCACAAAGAAAUGGACAAUCUGAAUGCAGCACACAGCCCUGGGGACAGGACUUUUCACCCUGCCUGCCCUGACAAGCUGCUGAGUUGAGCAGAUGCUCACAUCAGGGUCCCAGGUCCGGCUGUUAGGGAAGUGGACAUCAGUUCCUGGUGGGCCCUGGGCAGUGACUGUGGUGAGCCACAGCACCAUUGCUGCUCUGCCUCUCAAAUCGAUGGAACAAUUAAUUUGGCUCCACAGGCUCGAGAAGGUGAAACAUGACCUGAUGGCCACUGCUGUCCAGCAUCCCAGUCCAUCCUAGCUGUCCAGGAUGAUGAACAAGCUAUCGAAAUUGCACUUGAGAGCUAUAAUCACGGGAAGCAUUGCUGAGCCCCUCCCUGCUACAUAAAUCACGCUAAGAAGCACACAAUGGCCUCUUUCCUGAUGGGCCAAUUGUCUUGGUUUGGUGUCUCAGGCCCAGGAGCUGGGAGGAUGGGAGCACAACCAUUUAUUGUUGGAAAGACCAUCUGUACAACUUGAAUACAAAGUGAUUCUUUUAGUUCCCCACACAUCCCCGACCCUCUGAUCCCAUUUUCAUGGUUUUUUUUUUUUUUUUUUUUUUUAAUGUCUCAGGCUCUGGUUCUUUUAAAACUCUUCAUCUAUCCUGUAAGCCAUCAGGCCUGGAUCUCUGCUGGCCUGGGUCUUUUGGCCAUUUGGGAGUUGGGACAUUGCAGACCUUUUGGAAAUAAUGACAUUUAUUUAUAUAUGUCUUAUAUUUUUAUUCUUUGUUUUUCCCCAUAAAUUCUAUUACCAAAGU